UCUAUUCCCUCUCCUUUCCUCUGUCUGUAGUCAAGCAAAAAUGGGUUCAACCCAAAAUUGGACGACCGCAGCUCCCCAAAUCACCACCGACGAGGAGGCAUGCAUCUACGCCCAUCAACUGGUCUCCUCCUCCAUCCUUCCCAUGACGGUAACAUCCGCCAUUGAUCUAGGCAUCUUCGAGAUCAUCGCCAAGGCCGGCCCCGGCGCUUCCUUGUCCCCUGUGGAAAUCGCUGCUCAGCUGCCGACUGAAAACCCGCAGGCCGCGUCGAUGCUUGACAGGAUGAUGAGGCUGCUGGCGAGUUACAGUGUGUUGACUUGCACCGUCGAGACGAGGGAUGAUGGGACGGUGGAGAGGAAGUAUGGAGCUGCGCCAGUGGUGAAGUACUUGACGAAGAAUGAGGAUGGGGUUUCUAUGGCGGCUUUGGCUCUGAACCAGGACAGGGUCUUCAUCGAGAGCUGGUACCAUUUGAAAGAUGCGGUCUUGAACGGAGGCAUCCCAUUCAACAAAACAUACGGCAUGGACCUGUUCGAGUACCUAGGAACGGACCCAAGGUUCAAUCAAGUGUUCAACGAGGGGAUGAAGAGCCACUCCACCAUAGUCGUCAAGAAAAUUCUCGAGACCUACAAGGGUUUCGACAACAUAAAGGUGCUCGUCGAUGUUGGUGGAGGUGUCGGAGGAACUCUCAACAUGAUCCUCAAGAAGCAUCCCCACAUAAAGGGGAUUAACUUUGAUCUCCCUCAUGUCAUUUCUGAGGCUGAACAAAUUCCUGGAGUGGAGCACGUUAGUGGGGAUAUGUUUGACAGUGUUCCGAGUGGAGAUGGCAUCUUAAUGAAGUGGAAUCUACACAUGUGGAGUGAUGAAGACUGCCUCAAGAUACUGAGGAACUGCUGGAAGGCUUUGCCGGAAGACGGCAAGGUGAUCGCAAUGCAGAGCAUAGUUCCGGACAAGCCGGAGCCGACUAUGGCAAUUCAAGAAAAAAUCCACGUAGACGUCAUCCUGAUGACUCAGUUCCCCGGCGGCAAAGAGAGGACCGAGAAAGAGUUCGACACCUUGGCCAAAGAAGCGGGCUUCUCCAGAUCAACAGUUAUUUACGGUUAUGCCAAUUGUUGUAUGAUUGAGUUCCACAAAUAGAUGAUGUAUGAAGAGGAUUUGUCAUUGGAUAUACUAUAUAUCUUGGGUUGAUGUUGGAGUUUGGAUUUGGUGCCGUUUAAUUAAAGUGUUGUACUAUAUGUUUUAUUUAAAAAGAGUAAGAAAUGAGGAAAAAUGGUGUUUGUGG